GUUCGAGAAGUUCUUUGCGAACCUCUUCGGCAAGAUCGGAGCCUCUCCCGAGCAGGUCGGCCUCAAACGUUUCGACCAGUCCAAGUUCCCCGAGCUGUACCCCGCGACCCUGACUGAGUUUGCGGCUCCUGUUGCCGCCGACGACGCCGACAUGCAGCAGUUUCGUCCCCUGCUGGCAAGAACCUCGUUGGAGAAGAGGGACCUCAAGCUCGUGUUCGAUGCGAACCGAGACGGUUGGACCCCAAGUGCCUUCCACCUCGCAGUUGACAAGCUCGGGCCGGGCGUCGUCCUGGCGCGGACAGAGCAGGGCGCAGUGGUUGGAGGAUACAACCCGAAGGGCUGGGUCGGGUACGGCGAGUACAGGGGCUCGAUCGCAGCGUUUCUCUUCUGCUGGCCGGACGGGGACACGUCCAGGCCCGCCAUCAAGCUGAGAAAGGUGGGAGGAGCCGGCUUGGCGUGCAUCGACGAUCCUGAGAGCGGCCCUCGCUUCGGCGCUGAUGGCUUCCACGUUCCGCUCGAGGCCCCCCGGUCGGAGGGAGAGGCGGGUCGGGAACGUUUAGCUCGGUGCAAGCUGGGACCUUACUACGAGAAACGACCGGAUGGCUCCAACACCAUCUUUACCAAGGCCGAGAAGGCAACAGCGACUCUCACUGACCUCAAGGUCUACGUCGGCAUCUACGAUGCAGACGAGGAGAUCCCGUACAACGACGCGCUUCCUUUCCAGCUGGAGUGAAUGAAACCGAACCGUUAU